AUGUCUAAUACACUUCCACUUCGUUAUAUUGUUCAAGGUCACCUGGGAGAAACACUUCCGAUAAAGACUUUCGAAUUAGAUUUUGAUGACAACAAGAAUGUUGGUGUGCUUAAAACAUCCAUUUGUGAGAAUGAAGACCUUAAAGAAUUCAUUUGUAAAAAUGAAGACCUCACUUUAUGGAAAGUUGAUAUUCCAGUGAAUGAUAGAAGAAUUAAGCAGCUUAAAACUUCAUUAGUUGAGAAAGUAUUUAAUCAUAAAUGUGAAAAAUUAUCAGAUAAUAAAGAAAUUAUAAAAGAUAUUUUCACACCCCACCUCAAAAAAAACCAUAUACAUAUUAUUGCAUCCAAUGGCAA